GCGCAGCUAUCCCGGAAGGGCAGCCGGACGGGCGGACAGCGCCGCGCUCUCCCUCGGUGACGCUGUCCGGCCACAGGUAGCGCAGCACCGGCCGUCCUGCGCGGGAGCUCGGCAGCAGCGUUCCAGUCGCUCGGCUUGCGCAGCGCCAUGCCUUCCUCCAGCAUUUACAUGGAGUACGAGGGACUUCUGCUUCCCAGUGAGACCCACAGCGAAAAGAGUUUGGAUUUCGCUCAGAGAUUCAACCUAAAAGACGAUGACGUGUUGGCGGUAACGUACCCGAAGUCAGGGACGAGCUGGAUGCAGGAGAUCCUCCCACUGGUGUUAAAUGGGGGAGAUUUGACUCCUCUCCAUACAGUUGUCAACUGGGAACGGGUCCCAUGGCUGGAAGAAAGAACACUGGAGGUGGUUGUGGAUAAGUUGCCAUCUCCGCGUGCAUUCGUUACACAUUUCCUCUACCGCCUCAUGCCCCCUUCCUUCCACACUUCCAAAGCAAAAGUAAUCUAUGUAAUGAGAAACCCAAAAGAUGUCCUGGUGUCUUCAUAUUACUUUCACAAAAUGGCCGAGUUCCUUGAGGAUCCAGGAACAUUUGAUGAAUUCAUGGAGAAAUUCCUGCAAGGCAGAGUGCUCUUUGGGAAAUGGACAGAGCAUGUAAAGAGCUGGAGACAUGCAGAGCUAGGAGACAGAAUACUUUUCAUCACAUAUGAGGAAAUGGUUCAGGACCUUCCCGCGUCCAUCAGGCGUAUUUCUGACUUCUUGUGCUGCAAUCUGAGUGAAGAAGUCAUUCAGAAGAUAGCAGAGCAUUGCUCUUUCCAGAGUAUGAAGGCCAACACUAUGUCCAACUUUAGCCUGGUCCCAAAGGAGUACAUGGACAGCGACAAGUCACCAUUCCUGAGAAAAGGGAUUGUCGGCGACUGGAAAAACCACUUCACCUCAGAACAAUUGGCCCGAUUCCAAUCGGUAAUUGACAAAGAGUUAGAGGGAGAGAACUUCUCACUGCCAUAGAGUCUGGACUGAUCAGCCAGAAAAAUAAAAGUAAGAGGAAACAAAUACAAGCCCUCUGCUAAUACUUUUAAAAUAGGAACAUGUGUGCUAACUGCAGUCAACAGUUUAAAAGUUUGUCCUUUUAAUGUGAAACGUGACCGUCUAUCAUCAAAUUGUGCUGUUAGUUGUGCUUAAUUGAUUAUCUAUUGAUUUGUAAGAGUUCAGAAGUAUUUAAAAAUUUCAAAGCUAAUGGUUACCAAAUUAAAGUACUUUAAAAUAUUUAAGGAAAUUUUCUGUCUGUCCUGCAUGUGAACAUCAGAUUAAUAAAUAAACAUUGUCAUUGAGAAAGGGGUACUACAAUGCUAAUCACUUAGAUGAUUAUAAUUUUGAACUAACUGCAGUGUGAAACCAUUUUGAGCUUUCAUUAGGUGCCUGGCAAGUGCAUUUUUUGUUUUUGUUUGUAAUAAACAAAGUGUAACUAAGAUGCAAUGAUGUCUAAAUAGUAUAUAUGUAUUUAACAAGAAAGGUUUGCAAGUGGUUGCAAAAUUUCUCAUCUUCUAUAAAAUAAAAUUUGACACAAGAAGUUUACAUACACUGCAUCAAAACUGUAUUUCUUACUGUUGGAUAUUAAAUCAUUCAAAUUUUGUUCUUAGGCUUGGCAAAAGUAUUUCUAUUUGAUAAAUGCAAAAGUAUUUCUAUUUGAUAAAUGAGAGAGAAGUUUGUUUAUUAAUACCUUCAAAUGCAUUUGCAGUAUUUAGCAGGUCUACAUGUAAACUAUAAGACUUGGGCAAACAUUUAGAUUUUCCUUUUUCAGACUUCUCACAAUAGUUUGCUGGAAUUUUGGCCCAUUCCUCCAGACAAAAUUGGUGUAAACAUUUGACUGAUUUUUGAAGAAAUAUAAAAAAAAAACAUUUGUUAAGAAAUUAUCUGUACUGUCAUUCUGACAUUGAGAAAAUAGAUAAAGUUGUUAAUGCUUACUAACAUAAAAAAGGAAAAGUUUACUCUGAUGUAAUCUCCAAAAAAAGUGAAAAAAUGGUUACAUGUUUUUGUAGUGUUUGAAUUAUUAUACCUAUGUUGAUGUGUCAGUGUCCCAUUAAAUCUCACUUUUUUAAAAUAGAAGGAUAUUUA